AUGGUUGCCUGUCCCUGUUCCAUCGGCCAUCGUCUGCGCGUCUUAAAAAACACCAACGGCGCCAUCUUCGCGACGAUUUACGCGCUCUUUCUGCUGGACAACACGCUGCUCACCGUAGUCGUGCCCAUAAUUCCGGACUAUUUGUUUUCUCUGACCGCUGCCGUGGCGAAUGACUCGUCGCUGAGCGAGCUCGCUUCGCUGAGCCCCUUGCAACGGAGAUACGAUGACGAGCUGGAAAGCAGCAGCGGCCCCCUAGGCACGCUACUGGCGUCGAAGGCGUUCGUGCAGCUGUUGUUUACCCCCCUUUUGGGGUACGUGACGUCGACGGUUAGCUAUAACGUGCCGCUACUGGUCGGCUCCUGCAACCUCUUUGUGGCGGCGUUACUGUUCGCCUACGGGAACUCUUUCGGAGUGCUGAUCCUAGCUCGGGCGUUGCACGGCAGCUCCUCCGCAGCUAUAGCUGUCAGCGGGAUGUCGAUCCUAGCUGCGACGGUGCCCCCAGACUCCAGAGCCCGCGUCAUGCCCGUGGCCUUCGGAGGCAUCGCUUUGGGAGUGUUGAUCGGGUACCCAUUAGGAGGGGCUUGUUACCAGCUACUAGGCAAAACGGCCCCGUUUCUAUUUAUCGCGUUCUUCGUCGCCAUCACGAUAGCUAUGCAACUGGUGCUGCUCGACGAAGAACUGCAACGCUCCCGGCUCAAAUCGGAAGCUUCCUUGGCCGAGUGUUUGAUACUGCUGCGGGACAAGCGGACUUUGAUCUUGGGCUCGUCCAUCUGCGUCAGCACGUCCUCUAUGUCAGUGCUGGAGUCUUGCGUACCCAUAUGGCUGCUGACGCACUUCGAUCCGACACCCACCAGAUGGCAAUUGGGCGCCAUUUUUAUCCCGGACAGCGUCGGUUACUUUCUGGGGUCGCACUUUGCCGGACUGCUGAAAGUAACAGCGUGGCGUCUAGCGACGGCAGCGAUGGUGGUAGCCGGAUUGAGCUGCUGCUUCCUACCCCUGGCCACAUCUUUGCACCAACUGACUCUGCCGCAUUUCGGUUUGGGUCUGGGAGUGGGAGUGCUGGACGCUUCGUUGGUACCCCUGUUGGCAAACUUAGUCGAACGGAAAGGCAGUGCCCAAUAUGGGCCGAUCUACGCGUUCCAACAGACCUCGGUGGCCGUCGCCUACGCUUUCGGACCACUGUUAGCUGGCCAGGGGGUCCGCUUGGUCGGCUUUCCCUGGGUGAUACGGACCGUGGGGUUCAUGAACCUGGUGCUGUGUCCCCUGCUGGCGGAAUUAGAACACGAACAGGACGAAAUGCAAUCGCUAUCCAGAGACGAUCAUGCAGCUUCGUAUUCGAGCUUAGAGACUAUUGAGGAAUAGAAUUCUUUUUAAAUCUGUUAAGCUUUAAUA